AGUUUGUUUAUUUUUUUAAAACUGCGUUGUAAACACUUGUACACCACAGUGCACAUCGGGUGUUAUUGGAGUAUUUAUAAGCUGUAAGUUAUAACCUUAUAUUUUGUUUAUUAUAUUGAAUAUUGUUUAUAAUUUCUUACAGUUCAUUAAAAAUGAACAGGAAACCUUUAAAAUACGAAGAAUUGGUUAAACUUAUAGAAGAAGGACUCUCAGAUAUAGAGUGUCUAAGCGGUGAGGAAGAUGAAUGUGAAAUUGAUUUAUGUGAACAAAGAGACGCAGGCGGUGAUAUCAGUGAUAACGAAGAGCUAGAGGUGAAUGCACACGAACCAACUGAUUUGGCUGAACACUCUGAAACUUUGGAAGACAACGAGACAGUACCCGUUGCAAAGAAAGGAAAAAUUGGUAAAAAAAUGCAAAAAAAUAUUUAUUAUGAAAAUAAUGAACUAACUCCACCCACAAAAAUUUGCUGGCGUAAGAAUGUGACGUAUAUAACACCAGAAAUAAAUUGGUACACACCUCCUAUUCCAGCAGAUAUUGACCUAGAAAGUCCUCUGUAUUUCUUUAGACAGUAUUUUACAAAAGAUUUGUUUGAACUUAUGACAGUCAAUACGAACCUUUUUGCAGUUCAGCAACACGCACGAUUUGCAGCAACAACUCAAAAUGAAUUAGAAGUAUUUGUUGGCAUGCAUAUUUUGAUGGGGAACUUGCCCUAUCCAAGACUUAAGUGUUACUGGGAAAAUAAACUACGUAUCCCAACUAUCGCCGAUGCAAUGCCUCGUGAUAGAUUUCACAAAUUGAGGUCAUUCUUACAUUUUGUGAACGUAGAAGAAAAACCACCUGAAUGCAAAGAUAGAUUUUGGAAAAUACGACCACUCUACAAUACAAUUCGGAAACGAAUAUUACAAUUGCCACUGGAAACCAAGUUGAGUAUUGAUGAACAGAUGGUUCCUUUCAAAGGAAGGUUAAAUGUAAAGCAAUGCAUGAAAAAUAAGCCCAGUUCUUGGGGGGUAAAAAUUUACACAUUAUGUGGAGCAAGUGGUGUUGUGUAUGACUUCAUAAUCUAUCAGGGGACUACAACAGAGUUCAAUUCUGAUCAAGUUGAAAUCUUUGGUGUGGGAGCCUCCGCAGUGCUCAAGCUGUCUGAACGAAUACAAUAA